UUUUUUGUCUUUUAGGGUCUCAUGACCUUGUAGGAGGUGUCUGUUCAUUUCACUGAGGAGGAGUGGGCUCUGCUGGAUCCAGACCAAAGAAUCCUUCACCGGGAAGUCAUGGAGGACGAUCCUCAGAAUGUGGCCUCUCUGGGAAGACUUCUCUUUCUCCAGUCUGAUUCCAUAUCCAGAGUGGAAGAAGCAGGAGAUCUGCUUUUCCAAGACCCAGAAGAAAGAACGAGAUCAGCAGAGGUUGAUGGUCCCCAGAAUAAGUCCAAGGGAGAACCACAGCAGUUCCUGUUGGAAGAAGAACAGCAGAGAAGAAACACUGGAACAGAAUGGAAGAGAGGAAAUGAAUCCUUUUCUUCUCAUGGUGCUGAAUCCCAGCUAUUUGAUACACACUGGAGAAUCCACACAGAGAAGAAACCGUAUAAAUGCUUGGACUGUGGAAAGAGCUUUGCUCGGAGUGUCAACUUUACUGCCCAUCGACGUAUUCACUCGGGUGAGAAACCAUAUAAAUGCUUGGAAUGUGGAAAGAGCUUUGUUUGGAGCACCCAUCUUACUGCCCAUUGGCAUACGCACACUGGGGAGAAACCAUAUAAGUGCAUGGAGUGUGGGAAGAGUUUUGCCCUGAGUAACUAUCUUACUGCCCAUCAACGAAUCCACUCAGGUGAGAAGCGAUAUAAAUGCUUGGAGUGUGGAAAGAGUUUUGCUCUGAGUAACUAUCUUACUGCCCAUCAACAAGUCCACUCAGGUGAGAAACCAUAUAAAUGCUUGGACUGUGGAAAGAGCUUUGCUCGGAGUUAUAACCUUACUGCCCAUCGACGAAUGCACACAGGAGAGAAACCAUAUAAAUGCCUGGAGUGUGGAAAGGGUUUUACUUCGAAGGGAGCCUUUACUGGCCAUGAACGAAUCCACACAGGGGAGAAACCAUAUAAAUGCUUGGACUGUGGAAAGAGCUUUGUUCGGAGUGACAACCUUACUGCCCAUCAACGAAUCCACACACGGGAGAAGCCAUAUAAAUGUUUGGAGAGUGGAAAACAUUUUGCUCAGAGUAAAGACCUUACUACCGAGCAACGAAUCCACACAAAAGAUAAACCAUAUAAAUGCUUGGACUGUGGAAAGAACUUUGUUCACAGUACCAGUGUUACUGUCCAUCGACGCAUCCACACAGGGGAGAAACCAUAUAAAUGUUCAGACUGUGGAAAAAGCUUUGCUCGGAGUGACAACUUUACUGCCCAUCGACGAAUCCACACAGGGGAGAAACCAUAUAAAUGCUUGGAGUGUGGAAAGACCUUUGCUCGCAGUGACAACCUUAGUGCCCAUCGACAAAUCCACGCAGCAGAAAAACCAUAUAAAUGCUUGGAGUGUGGAAAGAGCUUUGUUCGGAGUGCCCAUCUUACUGCCCAUUGGCAUAUGCACACAGGGGAGAAACCAUUUAAAUGCUUGGAGUGUGGUAAGAGCUUUGUCCGGAGUGACACACUUACUGCGCAUAGACGAGUCCAUACAGGAGAGAAACCAUAUAAAUGCCUGGAGUGUGGAAAGUGCUUUUCUCAGAGUGACACCUUAUCUGCUCAUCAACGAAUCCACACUGGGGAGAAAUCCUAUAAAUGCCUGGAAUGUGGAAUGAGCUUUGCUCAGAGCUCAAGCCUUCUUACCCAUGAACGUAUCCACACUGGGGAAAAAGAAUAUAAAUGCCUGGAGUGUGGAAAGAACUUUCUUCGUGGUUCAGACCUUACUGCCCAUCAGCGUAUCCACACUAGGGAGAAACCAUACAAAUGUCUGGAUUGUGGAAAGAGCUUUCCUCGUGGUUCAGAACUCACUGUCCACCAACGUGUCCACACUGGGGAGAAACCAUAUAAAUGCCUGGAGUGUGGAAAGAGUUUUGCUCGCAGUUCACAGCUUACUAAACAUCAGUAUAUCCACACAGGGGAGAAACCAUAUAAAUGCCUGGAGUGUGGAAAGAGCUAUGCUCAGGGUGCUAUUCUUACUAUCCAUCAACGAAUCCACACAGGGGAGAAACCAUAUAAAUGCCUGGAGUGUGGAAAGAGCUUUGUUCAGAGCUCACAACUUAAUCUCCAUCUACGUAUCCACACUGGGGAAAAACCAUAUAAGUGCCUGGAGUGUGGAAAGAGCUUUGUUCAGAGCUCACAACUUAAUCUCCAUCUACGUAUCCACACUGGGGAAAAACCGUAUAAAUGCCUAGAGUGUGGAAAGAACUUUGCUCGGAGAUAUCACAUGAUUUCUCAUCAACGAAUCCACACAGGGGAGAAACCAUACAAAUGCUUGGAGUGUGGACAGAGCUUUCCUCAGAGUUCACAGCUUACUACGCAUCGAUGUAUGCACACUGGGGAGAAACCAUAUAAGUGCCUGGAGUGUGGACAGAGCUUUUCUUAUCAUUCUGACCUUACUGCCCAUCGACGUUUCCACACAGGGGGGAAACCGUAUAAAUGCUUGGAGUGUGGGAAGUGUUUUCCUCGAAAUUCACAGUUUACUAAACAUCAGCGUGUUCACACUGGGGAAAAACCAUAUAAAUGUUUGGAGUGUGGAAAGAGCUUUGCUCAGAUUUCACAACUUACUAAACAUCAACGUAGCCACACAGGGGAGAAACCAUAUAAAUGCUUGGAGUGUGGGAAGAACUUUGCUGAAAGUUCAGAACUUACUAAACAUCAACGUAGCCACACAGGGGAGAAACCAUAUAAAUGCUUGGAGUGUGGAAAGAGCUUUGCUCAGAGUUCAAACCUUAAAUCCCAUCAACGUAUCCACACAAAGGAGAAACCACAUAAAUGCUUGGAGUGUGGAAAGAGCUUUGCUUGGAGUUCACGUCUUACUAAACAUCAACGAAUCCACACAGGGGAGAAACCAUAUAAAUGCUUGGAGUGUGGAAAGAACUUUCGUGGAAGGAGUUCUGCUCAGAAUUGCAUCCUUCAUCAACAAGUCAUCAGAGAGGCGAAAUCAUAUAAAUGCCUGGAGUGUGGAAAGUGCUUUUCUCAGAGUGACACCUUAUCUGCUCAUCAACGAAUCCACACUGGGGAGAAAUCCUAUAAAUGCCUGGAAUGUGGAAUGAGCUUUGCUCAGAGCUCAGACUCUAAUACCCAUCAAUGCAACCACACAGGGCAGAAACCAUAUAAAUGCUUGGAUUGUGAAAAGAGCUUUGCUCAGAGUUCAAGCCUUCUUAGACAUCAACGUAUCCACACUGGUGAGAAAGCAUAUAAAUGCCUGGAGUGUGGAAAGAGCUUUCUUCGUGCUUCAGACCUUACUGACCAUCGGCGUAUCCAUACUGGGGAGAAACCAUACAAAUGUCUGGAUUGUGGAAAGAGCUUUCCUCGUGGUUCAGAACUCACUGUCCACCGACGUGUCCACACUGGGGAGAAACCAUAUAAAUGCUUGGAGUGUGGAAAGAGUUUUGCUCGCAGUUCACAGCUUACUAAACAUCAGUAUAUCCACACAGGGGAGAAACCAUAUAAAUGCCUGGAGUGUGGAAAGAGCUUUGCUCUGGGUUCACAGCUUAAUAUCCAUCUACGUUUUCACACUGGGGAAAAACCAUAUAAAUGCCUGGAGUGUGGAAAGAGCUUUGCUCUGGGUUCACAGCUUAAUAUCCAUCUACGUUUUCACACUGGGGAAAAACCAUAUAAAUGCCUGGAGUGUGGAAAGAGCUUUGCUCUGGGUUCACAGCUUAAUAUCCAUCUACGUUUUCACACUGGGGAAAAACCAUAUAAAUGCCUGGAGUGUGGAAAGAGCUUUGCUCGGAGUUCACAAAUGACUUCUCAUCAACAAAUCCACACAGGAGAGAAACCAUAUAAAUGUUUGGAGUGUGGAAAGAGUUUUCCUCGACAUUCACAGUUUACUAAACACCAGCGUGUCCAUACUGGGGAGCACCCAUAUAAAUGUUUGGAGUGUGGAAAGAGUUUUGCUCAGAUUUCACGUCUUACUAAACAUCACCGCAGCCACAUAGGGGUAAAACCAUAUAAAUGCUUGGACUGUGGAAAGGACUUUGCUGAAAGUUCAGAACUUACUAAACAUCAACGUAUCCACACAGGGGAGAAACCAUAUAGAUGCUUGGAGUGUGGAAAGAACUUUGCUCAGAGUUCGAACCUUAAAUCCCAUCAACGUAUCCACACGAGGGAGAAACCAUAUAAAUGCUUGGAGUGUGGAAAGAACUUUGCUCAGAGUUCGAACCUUAAAUCCCAUCAACAUAUCCACACCGGGGAGAAACCAUAUAAAUGCUUGGAGUGUGGAAAGAACUUUGCUCAGAACUCACACCUUACUACCCAUCAACGAAUCCACACUGGGGAGAAAGCAUAUAAAUGCCUGGAUUGUGAAAAGAGUUUUUCUUGUAGUUCACAGCUUACUAACCAUCAACGUAUCCACACCGGGGAGAGACCGUAUAAAUGCCUAGAGUGUGGGAAGAGCUUUACUGAACGUUCACACGUUACUGCCCAUCAACGAAUCCACACAGGGGAGAAACCAUAUAAAUGCUUGGAGUGUGGAAAGAAUUUUGCAUGGAGUUCAGAUCUUACUGCCCAUCAACGUAUCCACACUGGGGAGAAACCAUAUAAAUGCUCGGAGUGUGGGAAGAGCUUUGCUCAGAGUUCUCACCUUACUGCUCAUCAACGAAUCCACACAGGGGAGAGACCAUAUAAAUGCUUGGAGUGUGGAAAGAGUUUUGCUUGGAGUUCAGACCUUACUGCUCAUCAACGUAUCCACACUGGGGAGAAACCAUAUAAAUGCUUGGAGUGUGGAAAGAAUUUUGCUCAGAGUUCACAGCUUACUACCCACAAAGUUAUCCACACUAGAGAGAAACCAUAUAAAUGUUCGGAUUGUGAGAAGACCUUUUCUUGUAGUUCACAGCUUAGUAAACAUCAACGAAUCCACUCUGGGGAGAAACCGUAUGAAUGUCUGGAGUGUGGAAAGAGCUUUGCUUGGAGUUCACAGCGUACUACCCAUCAAUGCACCCACAUUGGUGAGGAACCUCAUAAAUGCCUGGAGUGUGGAAAGACCUUUGCUCAGAGCUCACACCUCUCUGCCCAUCAAGACAUUCACACAAGGGAGAAACCAUAUAUAUGCUUGGAGUGUGGAAAGAACUUUUCUCAGAGCUCACACCUUAUCGCCCAUCAACAUAUCCACACUGGGGAGAAACCAUAUAAAUGCUUGGAGUGUGGAAAGAACUUUGCUCAAAGCUCACACCUUACUGCCCAUCGACGAAUCCACACAGGGGAGAAAGCACAUAAAUGCCUGGAUUGUGAAAAGAGUUUUUCUUGUAGUUCACAGCUUACUAAACAUCAACGUAUCCACACUGGGGAGAGACCAUAUAAAUGCCUAGAGUGUGGGAAGAGCUUUACUGAACGUUCACAUCUUACUGCCCAUCGACGAAUCCACACAGGGGAGAAACCAUAUAAAUGCUUGGAGUGUGAAAAGAAUUUUGCAUGGAGUUCAGACCUCACUGCCCAUCAACGAAUCCACACUGGGGAGAAAGCAUAUAAAUGCUUGGAUUGUGAAAAGAGUUUUUCUUGUAGUUCACAGCUUACUAAACAUCAACGUAUCCACACCGGGGAGAGACCGUAUAAAUGCCUAGAGUGUGGGAAGAGCUUUACUAUACGUUCACACGUUACUGCCCAUCAACGAAUCCACACAGGAGAGAAACCAUAUAAGUGCUUGGAGUGUGGAAAGAAUUUUGCAUGGAGUUCAGACCUUAUUGCUCAUCAGCGUAUCCACACUGGGGAGAAACCAUAUAAAUGCUUGGUGUGUGGAAAGAGCUUUGCUCAGAGUUCACACCUUACUGCUCAUCAACGAAUCCACACAGGGGAGAAGCCAUAUAAAUGCUUAGAGUGUGGAAAGAGUUUUGCUUGGAGUUCAGACCUUACUGCUCAUUAUCGUAUCCACACUGGGGAGAAACCAUAUAAAUGCUUGGAGUGUGGAAAGAAUUUUGCUCAGAGUUCACAGCUUACUACCCAUCAAGUUAUCCACACUAGAGAGAAACCAUAUAAAUGUUUGGAUUGUGAGAAGACCUUUUCUUAUAGUUCACAGCUUUCUAAACAUCAACGCAUCCACACUGGGGAGAAACCGCAUGAAUGUCUGGAGUGUGGAAAGAGCUUUGCUUUGAGUUCACAGCAUACUAUCCAUCAAUGCACCCACACACGGGAGAAACCCCAUAAAUGCUUGGUGUGUGGAAAGAGCUUUCCUCGGAGUUCUGAUCUUACUAAACAUCAGCGCAGCCACACAGGGGAGAAACCAUAUAAAUGCCUGGAUUGUGAAAAGAACUUUGCGCAGAGUUCCCACCUUACAGCCCAUCAACGUACCCAUACUGGAGAGAAACCAUAUAAAUGCUUGGAUUGUGAAAAAUGCUUUGCUUGCAGUUCACAGCUUACUGCCCAUCAACAUAUUCACACAGGGAAGAAACCAUAUAAAUGUUUGGAUUGUGGAAAGACCUUUGUUCGAAGUUCUGAUAUUACUAAACAUAGACGUAUUCACACAGGGGAGAAACCGUAUAAAUGCUUGGAUUGUGGAAAGAGUUUUGCUCAGAGUUCACAGCGUAUUAGUCAUCGAAGAACCCACACAGGGGAGAAACCAUAUAAAUGCUUGGAUUGUGAGAAGAGCUUUGCUUCAAGUUCACACCUUAGUAGACAUCAACUUAUUCACACCUGGGAGAAACCAUAUAAAUGUUUGGAUUGUGGAAAGACCUUUGUUCGAAGUUCUGAUAUUACUAAACAUAGACGUAUUCACACAGGGGAGAAACCGUAUAAAUGCUUGGAUUGUGGAAAGAGCUUUGCUUCGAGUUCACAGUUUAUGAAACAUCAAUGUUACCACACAGGGGAGAAACCAUAUAAAUGCCUGGAUUGUGCAAAGAGCUUUGCUUGGAGUUCGCAGCUUAUUAGACAUCAACGUAAUCACACAGGGGAGAAACCGUAUAAAUGCUUGGUUUGUGCAAAGAGCUUUGCUUGCAGUUCUGAUAUCACUAAACAUCGACGUAUUCACACAGGGGAGAAACCGUAUAGAUGCUUGGAUUGUGGAAAGAGCUUUGCUCGGAGUUCUGAUAUUACUAAACAUCGACGUAUUCAUACAGGGGAGAAACCAUAUAAAUGUUUAGAUUGUGCAAAGAGCUUUGCUCAGAGUGCACACCUUAUUAGACAUCAACGUAUUCACACUGGGGAGAAGCCAGAUAAAUUAUUGGAUUGUGCAAAGAGCUUUAAGAGGAGUUCACAGCUUACUAACCAUCAACAUAUCCACAUUGGGAAGAAACCAUAUAAGUGCUUGGAGUGUGGAAAGAACUUUGCUUGGAAUUCAUACCUUACUAUACAUCAACGAAUCCACACAGGGGAGAAACCAUAUAAAUGCUUGGAGUGUGGAAAGAGCUUUGUUCAGUGUUCACAGCUUACUAAUCAUCGACGAAUUCACACAGGAGAGAAACCAUAUAAAUGCUUGGAGUGUGGAAAGAGCUUUGUUCAGUGUUCACAGCUUACUAAUCAUCGACGAAUUCACACAGGAGAGAAACCAUAUAAAUGCUUGGUGUGUGGAAAGAGCUUUGCUCAGACUGCAAAGCUUACUAACCAUCAACGAAUCCACACAGGGGAGAAACGACAUAAAUGCUUGGAGUGUGGAAAGAGCUUCGCUCAGAGUUCACAACUUACUCACCAUCGACGAAUCCACACAGGAGAGAAACCAUAUAAAUGCUUUGAGUGUGGAAAGAGCUUUGCUCGAAGUUCACAACUUACUCACCAUCGACGAAUCCACACAGGAGAGAAACCAUAUAAAUGCUUGGAGUGUGGAAAGAGCUUUGCUCAGAAUUCACACAUUAUUCUACAUCGACGAAUCCACACAGGGGAGAAACCAUAUAAAUGCUUGGAGUGUGGAAAGAGCUUUACUCGGGGUUCACAUCUUACUCUACAUCGACGAAUCCACACCGGGGAGAAACCAUAUAAAUGCUUGGACUGUGGAAAGUGCUUUGUUCAGAGUUCGCAGCUUAUUAACCAUCGAAGAAUCCACACAGGGGAGAAACCAUAUAAAUGCUUAGACUGUGGAAAGAGCUUUCCUCAGAGUGGCAGCCUAACUGCUCAUCAACGAAUCCACACAGGGGAGAAACCAUAUAAAUGCUUGGAGUGUGGAAAGAGCUUUGCUCGGAAUGCACACCUUACUUCCCAUCAAAGAAUUCACACAGGGGAGAAACCAUAUAAAUGCCUGGAGUGUGAGAAAAGCUUCAGUCGGAGUGACCACCUUAUUUCCCAUCAAAGAAUUCACACAUGCGAGAAACCGUAUAAAUGCCUGGAAUGUGGGAAAAGCUUCAAGAGUAGAACAAGUCUUACUACCCAUCAAAGAAUUCACACAGGGGAGAAACCAUACAAAUGCCUGGAGUGUGGAAAAAGCUUCAGUCAGAGUUAUAACCUUACUUCCCAUCAAAGAAUUCACACAGGGGAGAGACCUUAUAAAUGCUUAGAGUGUGGGCUAAGCUUCAGUCGGAGUGAUAAUCUUACUUCUCAUCAAAGGAUUCACACAGGGAAGAAACCGUAUAAAUCCCUGGAGUGUGGAAAAAUCUUGUGUUACAAUUUAAACCUUGCUCACCAUCAAAGUAUUCAUACAGGGGAGAAACCAUAUAAAUGCCUGGAGUGUGGGAAAAGCUUCAGUCGAAGUGAUAACCUUAUUUCCCAUCAAAGUAUUCACACAGGGGAGAAACCAUAUAAAUGCCUGAAGUGUGGGAAAAGCUUCUGCUACAAUUUAACCCUUGCUCGCCAUCAAAGUAUUCAUACAGGGGAGAAACCCUAUAAAUGCCUAGAUUGUGGGAAAAACUUCAGGAGUAGUCAAAAUCUUACUUCUCAUCAAAGAAUUCACACAGGGGAGAAACCGUAUACGUGCCCGGAGUGUGGGAAAAGCUUCAGUCGGAGGGACAAGCUUACUUCUCAUCAGAGUAUUCACACAGGGGAGAAACCAUAUAAAUGCCUGGAGUGUGGAAAAAGCUUCUGUCGGAGAGACAGCCUUAAAUCCCAUCUAAGAAUUCAUACAGGGGAGAAACCAUACAAAUGCCUGGGGUGUGGGAAAAGCUUUAGAUGUAGUACAAAUCUUACUUCCCAUCAAAGAAUUCACACAGGGGAGAAACCAUAUAAAUGCCUGGAGUGUGGAAAAAGCUUCCGUCAGAAUACACACCUUAUGUCCCAUCAAAAACUUCAUACAGGGGAGAAAUCAUAGAAAUGCCUAGAAUGUGGGGAAAGCUUUUGUCAUAGUACAGACCUUACGUCUCAUCAAAAACUUUAUUACGGGGAGGGGAGACAUAGAAAUGCCUGGAAUGUGGGG